AGGGCGCGCGGGGCGCGCUUCCGCCCGGCGCGGCGGCCGGAAGGUGAUGUGGCGGGGAGCGCGGCGCGAUGUCUGCCAUCUUCAACUUCCAGAGUCUGCUGACUGUGAUCCUGCUGCUCAUCUGUACCUGUGCUUACAUCAGAUCCUUGGCUCCCAGCUUACUGGACAAAAAUAAAACCGGACUGUUGGGGAUAUUCUGGAAAUGCGCCAGGAUUGGUGAGCGGAAGAGCCCCUACGUGGCCGUGUGCUGUGUGGUGAUGGCCUUCAGCAUCCUGUUCGUGCAGUAGCAGCUGGCGAGCGUCCCGAGUACCCAACAGCAGAGCGUGGAACAGCUUGUGUCAGGAAGGAUGGGAAAGCGUCACCGAGUCUCCUCUCACUCCAUGGAUCACCUGUCUUCUGGAGGACACCCCUGCAGAUGGACCAGCGUUAGUGACCAUAGCCCAGAUGACAUGUAACUGGUGGAAGGGUGUCUGAUGCGUGUCUUGAGUUUCAGGGGAGCUCUUUUUUUCUUUUACACCAUGCACUUGAAAAGGCUUGCUGUUUUUAAUUCUUUAGAAUUUCUUGUCCAGUAGACCUGUGUAAUGAAAGCUUAAAAUGGUAAAUCAGCCACAGCAAUAAGACCACCCUUUGAAGAAUAAAAGAGCAUUGUGACUCUAGGGGAUGUUUAUUGAAGUAUUUUUAGUUCUUGCUGCCUGAACAAUUCCUCUCGAUUUGUGAGUGAGGGCUCCACUCUCAUCCUAAAAAUAUGACCUCUGACCUAAGUUACACUCAGCUAUUUGUUUCUAAACUUGUAAUUUCUGAAAUAAUGUAUCAAUAUUUCUGUUGUUGAAAUAAGAUGUGAAAUAAAGGCAGGGACCAUAAUUGUAGUGAUGUCUGAUUAGCUGGGGGGAAGGCACAGAUUUUGACGCACUUGGACUCUCUGUAAAAUACCACAUGUACUCAUUGUUAGAGGUUUAGGUCUCUCAGGUAUGUCGUUUCCCAGCUUCUUCCAAAAUGCUGAGAAAAGGAUUUCAGAGGCUCUGCUGCUGCAGUUGCAUGGAUGGAAAGGUUUUAAAUUAGCAAAAUGAACAGUUGGCUGCAGCUAAGGAAGUUGCAUGUCAGAAAGGUUGUAGCAACUGAAUUACACUCACCAGUAGUAAAGAUUAGAUUACUUUUAAUGAUACACGCCAUUAGCAUUUAUUUCUUAAUUUUGCACACUUUCAGUAAUCUAGUGACUUCUCUAAUAACACCUGACAGGUGUGUGUUAUACCAGACAACUGUGUGACUUCGUACUGACUGCAUUUGGGAGAGUUGCCUGUUAGCAGUACUUCUUGUUCUGGAAAGGCUUGUGAUCAGAAGGAACAAAACUGACAGUAAAACACACUGAAAGGUAUGUUAACUGUUGUAAUUCUUGUUUGAAAACCUUAUUUUCAUCGAUCCAAAUUAUCCUGCAACUAGGAAAAAAAGUGCUUUUGAGUUAACGACCUUUAUGUUUUCUCGUGCACCUGUGAAUCUAAGUCACCAUCAGAAGUACCCAUCCAAAACUUUUCUAAUCUGGGCCCAGGAAAAAAAGAUUUCUCCAGUUUGGGCUAAAUAAAUACCCCUGGCUGUGACCCAGAGGUGUGCAGAGCUGUAGGACUGUGACCAUGCUAUGCACACACAGAAGCCUGGGACUGGGCAAGAGGUGUGGGGGGAGCAAAAUCUGCUCUUGUAACUUUAAAUGUGGAUGGUGCUCAAACAGGGCAUCAAAGCAGCUCAGGUUUGGAUUUCAAAGGUAACCGUUCCCAAACAGGAGGAAGGGAAAUUCCUAAAGAGUCUUGGGGUUUGACUGUCAGGUGCAUACAUGUCCAAAAUAUGCAGAGAAUCAUCUGGUUAACUCUUUAUGUUGAGCAGUUGUAUUCUAGUUACUACUUCUUGUAAUAAACAGUGGCAUUUUUAUGAUACACAUUUCCAGGUCAGCUAAUUACCAGAUGAAUUCUUAAUAAUCUCUAGGGUUUAGGUGCAAGUAGGAAUACCAGUGAAAGAACCCAAUGGAAUGUUUUGGUCUGAGUAUCUGAAAGCUACAAACAUGAAAGGACUGUUGCAAAAACCUUCCCUGUUAAGGUUUUAUCGUGUAAGAAGUUGAGACAGGCCUCUUUUUAUUUGUUAUUUGUUGUUCAAACUUCAGCAUUAUUUCUUACAUGGCAGUCCAUCCUUUUGGCCUAAAUGCAGAUGGUGAAUACUUCCUAGUAGGAAUUUUUUUUUUUUUAAUUUUCCUCCUUGAAUGACAUUUUCAGACUAUUCAUUAUGUGCUAGCUGCAUGGCUGUUCAACAAAACUAUCUGGAAACAAGAUCUUUAAACUGACAAACUGCAGUUGUUUUGAAAUUGCUGCUUCAGGCAGGUGUUUUCCUCAGGAUUAGUUCUUUGGUUUUCAAGAUUUUGGCUUUGAAGAGAUUGAUACCUCAUCUCUUUUAGUAAGAUGCAGAGAAAAUACUCUUUCCCAGGUUAGAAUCUUGAUGCAAUUUUGCUUUCUUGGCUUUCUUUUUCUCAUGCAAAAGAGUUUGCACCUGCAGCAGGUCUGUACACCUUUUCCUGUGCAAAAGGGACAGUGAUUAAAUGUGACCAAGGCUGUAGUUGUGCCUGCUGCUGUGGAGAAACAUUUCCACACUGGGACUUCGUCCUUUUUUUUUCCUAAACAGCAUCAUGGAUGUUGUUAAUGCCCAAAGAUCUAAAACACAACAUGGUGUUCUUCAAACACAGAGUAUUUUAUGCUCUUGCAUGUACUUGCUAUGGAUUAAUAUCAUACUAACUUGCAUCCAUGUCUGCACUAGAAAUGACCUCAAAUUCAAAGCAGGGAUUUAGGAAGGCCGAAUUGAACAGCAGUAAUUGCCAUGUUGGGAAAUGAGUAAAGCAUGAGUAAGAGAUGGGAUCACUGUGAAGGUCUGAUGUUCUGGAGGGACUGAUAAGCAGCUGGGCAGACGUGGCUGGUGGAGGAGGAAAGACAAAGUGGAGUCCAAGGAUGACAGGAAGAUUUCCUGUUCUUGGAACAAUGUCCCUGUUCUGUGAAUGCCCUUUCUACCUCUGUAACCACAGCAGUGAGCAGUGGAAAUACACUGUCACUGAGAGGUGAAGCUGCACUGUGGUGGAGGGAAUAAAUGCUCUGCUAGUGCUCUGA